AAUGUAAAUUAUUAAUAUGUCGACCAAUGGAGUUUACUGUGUAAUAACGGACAUAUUACAUCGCAGCUACGAUGAUGUGUUCCAUCGCCGUAAUGGCGUCACGCUGCCCCUGCAAAUUGCGCAGUUCGUGGCGAUACUCACGGCUGUCGCACUUCUAAAUGGCUUUUGGUUCGCUAUCUUACCAUGUAUACCGCAGCCAUACUACGCAUGGUCAGCCGCAAUAGUGUCUAUAGUGGCAUGUCUAGUAUGGGCACUAUUCCUCACGGUCGUAUUCUCAGAUCCAGUCGAUCCCAAAGCAGCUGAUGUAAUAGAAUCGAGAAGGAAAGGAGACCUAGCACCCAUGCGAUUAACCAACCCAGAAGCUAUGUGUGACAUAUGCAAGUCAGUGGACGCCAGCAGCAAACACUGCAACAUAUGUAACAAAUGCGUACUCAGAUUCGACCACCAUUGCAUAUGGGUCAACAAUUGCAUAGGAGCCCAGAAUUACAAGGUUUUCGUCGCACUGGUGGCAUCGUGCGCAGUAUUUGUCACCAUGAUCGCAAUACACGGAGCAACACUACACAUCAUGGACUUCGUAACCUAUAUACCUCGAAACACAUGGGAAGCUUCGUACGGCAGCUUUAACGCAGGCGCCUUCUAUGCCGCACUAUCUAUCGUCACCAUAAUCAGUACCGUAAUCGCCAUCAUGCUAUGGCAAUUGUACUUCCUGCACUGCUACCUCAUACACAAAAAGCUCACAACGUAUGAGUACUUCACCAUGCAGUUUGAUAAGGAUGCCGAUGAUACCAUACCAGCGUGGCGUAAGUGCAUAGAAAAAUUAAUCCUGGACCGAAAACGCGUUAAAAAAGGUCAAAAACCCAAGCUCUCAAGAGUUACCGAUAACAGUGACAUUGAUAUAGAGAGCCUUGAACCAACGUCAAAGGGUACUAGUUGAUAAAGUCAUAAUCA